AUGCUGUCUGUGAGCUCGCCGAGGAUGCACAUGAGCCGGAACGCCGUGGAUUUGGGCCUGCUGGCCGCCUGCCGCUGCCGCCGCUGGGCCGCGCGCCCGGCGCCCAGGCGGCGCGCGCCAUGUGUUUGUUUCGUGGCCGCACCCAGCCAGACAGGUCUCGCGGCGAUCGACGUGCCGGCGGCUGAGACCAUUGCCAGCGCGGCGGCCGGGGCGGCGAGGCUCCCCGAGCGCGUGUCCAUCGCUUCGCUCUUGGAUGUCGUCUCGGAUGACCUGCUCAAGCUCAACAACAACCUCAAAUCGCUUAUUGGUGCAGAAAAUCCAGUUUUAGUAUCUGCCGCAGAACAAAUUUUUGGUGCUGGUGGAAAGAGAUUAAGACCAGCAUUGGUUUUUCUGGUGUCCAGAGCAACAGCGGAAGUAGCUGGCUUGUCGGAGCUAACUACAGAACAUAAACGCUUGGCAGAGAUCAUAGAAAUGAUUCACACUGCGAGUUUAAUACAUGAUGAUGUCAUAGAUGAUAGUGGAAUGCGCAGAGGGAAAGAAACCAUCCAUCAGCUGUACGGAACACGGAUAGCGGUGCUUGCUGGCGAUUUUAUGUUUGCACAAUCUUCUUGGUUUCUCGCAAACCUAGAGAACAUUGAGGUUAUAAAGCUCAUCAGCCAGGUGAUCAAGGACUUUGCUAGUGGGGAGAUAAAGCAGCAAUCGACCCUGUUCGACUGCGACGUCACCCUGGACGACUACCUGCUCAAGAGCUACUACAAGACGGCCUCCCUGCUCGCUUCAAGCACGAGGUCCGCGGCCAUAUUCAGCGGGGUGAGCACCGCAGUAUGCGAGCAGAUGUACGAGUACGGCAGGAACCUGGGGCUGUCGUUCCAGGUGGUGGACGACAUCCUCGACUUCACGCAGUCGGCGGAGCAGCUGGGCAAGCCGGCGGGGAGCGACCUGGCCAAGGGGAACCUGACGGCCCCGGUCAUCUUCGCGCUGCAGGAGUCGCCGGAGCUGAGGGAGAUCAUCGACUCGGAGUUCUGCGACACGGGCUCGCUGUCGGCUGCCAUGGAGCUGGUACAUAAAAGCGGCGGGAUACGGCGGGCGCAGGAGCUGGCCAAGGAGAAGGGCGACCUGGCGCUGCAGAACCUGCAGUGCCUCCCCAGGAGCCAUUUCAGGACCGCCCUUGAGAACAUGGUGAAGUACAACCUUGAGAGGAUCGACUAG